AUGUCAGCGUUGAACAACGAGCAAGUGCAGCAAAGGCAAGGUACGGCCGCCCAAGAUGGCGCCAAUUUAGUGAUCAACGCCACCACCGGCUUUGCGGGUCCCCCCACCAGCGAGGCUGGUGGCAUCACUUUCCCACCACUCCCCAACCGAACUUCUCCACCGGCCGGCAGCCCCGCCACUGGAGCGGCGGUGGUUACCACCGCCAUCCAGCAGAACAUAACUCCAUUGCAGCAACAGAUGGCAGAGCAGAGCCAGCUUUUGGCCUCCAUGGCCAAGGUAAUAACAGCGGGUCAAAAUCCGGCAGCCACUGUGCUGUCGCCAGCCCAGGCCGCGGCGGCAUCGGUCGCACCCGACAAGGCUAAAAGGAGCAAAGAGAAAAGGAAGAAGAAGGAAGAAAGCUCCAGCUCGAGUUCAUCAUCAAGCAGCGACGACGAAGCUCCAGAGAGAUUGCGGCGCCUGGUGGACCGAAUCGAGGCCCAACAGCCCACUGACCCGUCGGGCUUCCGCAAGCAAAUUUUCCAUGGUUUUGCCACGCAGGGCAAACUGGCUUUAGCAUUGCUGGCAGAGGAUCCGCCGAAUGUCAAGGGCGCCACUAAGGUUCUCAAGCCUUUGAUUCGCCGUGCGGAGGUCGGCAUGGCGGUCACUAACACCUUGGCGGCCGAGCCGCGCAUUGGCCUCGCUGCCGCCGACAUCUGCUUCAGCAUUUUGUGUAAUGAGGACAAGUUCCGGGACAAGACAAAACCCCGGAAAUUGGUAGACGGCGUCGAGGACCAAGCGCUAAAGCGCGCUGCCAGCCGCUCAGUCGGUCUUACCGAGCGUUUGCUGGAGCUAGGUGGCUACCGCAGACAGCCAGUAUCAGUAGAUGAAGAUGUAGGACCGCUCCUCCGACCGGUUCAAUGGACGCAACGUGGCGGGUACCUCUCGGGUCCUCUGACCGGUACACGAGAAGCUCCAGUGCAUUCGCUGUCCUACGCGGCUUUCCGCACACGACUGCUAAAAAUGGUACCCUUGGCUGGCAUCAAGAGAAACAUUACGGCACACUCCAUGCGUAUAGGCGGGAACAGCACGGCAGCGGACCGUGGAGUGCCGGCAGAACUGCGCAAGGCUCACGGCCGUUGGCGCACGGACGCCAUGGUACAGCACUACACGCGGCGCGACACUGCAGCCAAACUCGAAGUCUCCCGCCGCCUAGGCCUCGCCGUUUCAGGCACCUCCGCACCGGGCUCGGCUAGCGGCGGACAG